UGCUUGUCACUCAUCCCCCGUUCUGACGUCACACCGAGGAUCCGCCACAAUGUCAAACUCUCACGAGCCGCGCGAGCUCACGGCCUCCACGCGCCGCCAUGUCCCGGACUCCCGCCGCUUCCGCCGCCGCGUGCAGCUGCCAGCCUCCGGUCCCCGCUAGCGGCUCGGCUCCGGGACACCGGGACAGAGAUGCUGUGAGAGCUGUGUGUGUGAGGUUGUGAGGUCAGAGGUCAGAGGUCAUGCUGCAGAGGGAAUCCAACCCCCACGGCCUCUUCUCCUCCGGAGAGACGUUUGACGAUGAGUGUGAGAUGGGGGCGAGUUGUGUAGCUGUUGUGUGUCUGUGCGAGGCUGGUCCCUGCACACUGUACUCAGAAGCGCACACACCCACGCCGGACAAACUGCUGUGUGAACACUGUGGGAAACACAGGGUGAUGCUAACCAGGUACUCUGAGGGCUACGGCACAGAGGAAGAGUGGUUGCUGUCGGACCCUCAGGGGGAGAGUGAUGCUGAUGCUGAUAUCGAGGAUACAGACUGCAGACUUCAGGAGCCGGGCUCCCUCCAGCGAAUCAGCUCGCGGAGGCGUAAGCGUCCCCGCGUCGCUCGGCAAGACACCACGGAGAGCGAGGACGAUGGUGGGAGGAGCCACAGAUCCCAUCGCUGGAGCGUCCGGCUCAGUCCCCACAGAGCCCAGAGCAGGACCAUCCUGGAGGAGAGCAUAUCACAGGUGAGGCCGCUGAUCAUCUGCCGGCCCAACGUGGAGAUGCAGAGGAGCCGGGUGGAUCCGCCCCGAGGCUCCAAGCUGACGUCCCUGUGGCCGUCCUCCCUCUCUCUCCCUGUCCUCCUCCUCCUCUCUCUGCCCCUCUCCCUGUCCCUCGUCAUCGUUAUCGUCUCCUUCCUCCUCCCCUGGGCCGGGGCUUGACCCCAACAUCUCCACCGCAUCAUUCCAGACAUGUGAAAAAGUUCCAACAAAUCUGAAAAGGUCAUAGACCGAUGUAGUGUGCUGGGUAAAGGUUAGCAGACCAGCUAUGGGCCUUCACACCUCCUGUUUGGCUCCGACCUUCAGAGCUGCUGCAGCUCCCGACAAACAUCUGUCAGUCACAACUCUUCAAUCCGAUCCCUAAGCUCCAUCAUGAAACCAGAAGUCACCAGAUCACAUGAAGCACAGACCUGGAGCUUGGGUCGGACCCUGGUCCAGACUGGUGUGGCCAUGAAGAUGUCAAGAUGUUUUUAUUUCUUCUUUCCCUCACAUGUUGAACUGAUUUGAAGCAUCUUGUUUGUUUGUUUGUGUUUGGGG